AUGGGGCCUGGCGGGCGGGGACAGCGCCCCACCCCCACCCGCACCGGCACCGGCACUGAGACCGCGACUGACACCGGCACUGACACCGGUACUGACCCCGGCAUUGACACCGGCACCGGCACUGACACCGGCACCAGCACCGGUACUGACCCCGGCAUUGACACCGGCACCGGCACUGACACCGGCACCAGCACCGGUACUGACACCGGCACUGACACCGGCACUGACACCGGUACUGACACCCGCACCGGCACCAGCACUGAGACCGCGACUGACACCGGCACUGACACCGGUACUGACCCCGGCAUUGACACCGGCACCGGCACUGACACCGGCACCAGCACCGGUACUGACACCGGCACUGACACCGGUACUGACACCCGCACCGGCACCGGCACUGAGACCGCGACUGACACUGGCACUGACACCGGUACUGACCCCGGCAUUGACACCGGCACCGGCACUGAUACCGGCACCAGCACCGGUACUGACACCGGCAUUGACACAGGUACUGACACUGACACCGGCACUGACACCAGCACCGGUACUGACCCCGGCAUUGACACCGGCACCGGCACUGACACCGGCACCAGCACCGGUACUGACCCCGGCAUUGACACCGGCACCGGCACUGACACCGGCACCAGCACCGGUACUGACACCGGCACUGACACCGGCACUGACACCGGUACUGACACCCGCACCGGCACCAGCACUGAGACCGCGACUGACACCGGCACUGACACCGGUACUGACCCCGGCAUUGACACCGGCACCGGCACUGACACCGGCACCAGCACCGGUACUGACCCCGGCAUUGACACCGGCACCGGCACUGACACCGGCACCAGCACCGGUACUGACCCCGGCAUUGACACCGGCACCGGCACUGACACCGGCACCAGCACCGGUACUGACCCCGGCAUUGACACCGGCACCGGCACUGACACCGGCACCAGCACCGGUACUGACACCGGCACUGACACCGGCACUGACACCGGUACUGACACCCGCACCGGCACCAGCACUGAGACCGCGACUGACACCGGCACUGACACCGGUACUGACCCCGGCAUUGACACCGGCACCGGCACUGACACCGGCACCAGCACCGGUACUGACACCGGCACUGACACCGGCACUGACACCGGUACUGACACCCGCACCGGCACCGGCACUGAGACCGCGACUGACACUGGCACUGACACCGGUACUGACCCCGGCAUUGACACCGGCACCGGCACUGACACCGGCACCAGCACCGGUACUGACCCCGGCAUUGACACCGGCACCGGCACUGACACCGGCACCAGCACCGGUACUGACACCGGCACUGACACCGGCACUGACACCGGUACUGACACCCGCACCGGCACCAGCACUGAGACCGCGACUGACACCGGCACUGACACCGGUACUGACCCCGGCAUUGACACCGGCACCGGCACUGACACCGGCACCAGCACCGGUACUGACACCGGCACUGACACCGGCACUGACACCGGUACUGACACCCGCACCGGCACCGGCACUGAGACCGCGACUGACACUGGCACUGACACCGGUACUGACCCCGGCAUUGACACCGGCACCGGCACUGACACCGGCACCAGCACCGGUACUGACCCCGGCAUUGACACCGGCACCGGCACUGACACCGGCACCAGCACCGGUACUGACACCGGCACUGACACCGGCACUGACACCGGUACUGACACCCGCACCGGCACCAGCACUGAGACCGCGACUGACACCGGCACUGACACCGGUACUGACCCCGGCAUUGACACCGGCACCGGCACUGACACCGGCACCAGCACCGGUACUGACACCGGCACUGACACCGGCACUGACACCGGUACUGACACCCGCACCGGCACCGGCACUGAGACCGCGACUGACACUGGCACUGACACCGGUACUGACCCCGGCAUUGACACCGGCACCGGCACUGAUACCGGCACCAGCACCGGUACUGACACCGCUACUGACACUGGUACUGACACCGGCACUGACACUGCUACUGACACCGGCACUGACACCGGCACUGAGACCGCUACUGACACCGGCACCGGCACCAGCACUGCACGGUACUGA